GGAGCGGGUGGUGGUGGUGGUGGUGGUGGUGGGCAAAAGAAAAGAAGACUGGAAGAAGCAAAAGAAGCACGGGGGGACGCUGCGGAGAGCUACCGUGGAUUGGGCUUGCCGGUGGUCUCUGCUGUGUGGUGAGAGCCCGAGAGAACCUUGAAUUCCCUACAGUCCACGGGUUGCAACACAUCUCCAAACGAAAAAAAAACAAGCCAUUUCCCUCGUCUCUCCCAUCGGGGCCAGCGGGAUGGGAACUAGAGGUUCGGUACAGUAGCGCCAGAUUCGUUUGAUUAGUCUAGAGUGUAGGUUUUUAGUGCACGCGGGAAACAGGGCAUACAUGCGGGUGGGUGCGUGUGCGUGUGCGUGUGAAAGUGCGAGUUGGGUGUGGCUGCCCCGGCCAGGGUGGUGCAGGACGAGAUGGGUGGUGGUCACGGUGAUAGAUAGUCAUCAUGAUUAUUGCGUUGGUUUGGUCUGUCUGUUGUUUGGAGGUGCGCGUGCGGAUGAAUGGCCAGGACGGCGAUGAAGCAUACAGUUCUGUCUAUGUGCGUGUAGGGGAGUGUGUGCGUAGAGUGGGUUUGAGCCUUGCCAAUUCGCGUGAUGCGCGUGGUCUAGUUCUCCAUCACAGCAAUGGAUGUGACACGUUGGUGGUGCCGAUGCCAGUCGUAUCGAUCGUCGUGAUUCUCAUCAAUCCCCGAGAACAGCCGCCGGAGAAGAGCAUGCGAUGGGAUGGCGUGAGGAGUUGGUUCAUCACCCGAGGGAGCAGCAGCAGCAGCAGCAGCGGUAGAAAGAGGAAAGAGGAAAGAGGAAAGAGGGCGAAAGGGAGCAGAGGCCGCACCACCAUCGCCUUCACUACCCGCACGCUUCCCGGUGAUGAUAGUGAUAGGUCUGCUCUGCUGCGGGAUCGUGAACUUUUGAAGCAAAGUUGGACAUCCCAGCAUCGGUAUGGGUGCAGUAUGCGCGCGCGUCCGCCGCUCCCUGCGUGGCAUUUCGGUGCUUCUUUCUCAAAGCUAUGGGCUAGUUUUUGGUAUCCCUUUCCUCCUCAACACGAGCUGAUCACACACACACACCUUCCAUCCUGGUCCUUCCGUUUGGCAGCCGUUGGGCCCAUCGCCUACCUCGGUAGACCGAGCUCUGAGCAUGGUGUCUACGGGUCCUGCGUGAUGGAGGAGGCCACUGCGGCGGCGGACGGGUCAGCAGAGGCGGGCGGGUGGAUGUUCAGAAGACCAGACGCUCCUGCACGAUGCAGCCAGCCCGCGCGCGGCCAGUCUGCUGAUAAAAAGCAGUCCAGGCGGUGGAACUACCUAGCCAAUACCUUGCAAGAUCAUCCCGACUGCCAUCCUCCAGGAAUUGGAUCUUCAAGCUCCUUCCGUCACAACGCUGAAAAUGCCGCGGCACAAGCAUUUGAUCCUCUCAACGUCGAUCCUGAUGACAGUUCGCUCGAGACCCUCAUCCCGUCAUAUGGCUGUGACGAGGAGCGAGGAACGCCUAUUUGUAAGCCUCGAUGCGGUACCUGCGUGCCGCCAGUUGACACAACAGUGGAUAAGGAAUGCCCUCGGCAGCCUCAUUGUUCCACAUUCGACGAGGGCAUGCACAUCACGAACCAGAAAGCCGCCUUGGUGCCACUUUGCCUUGGUGCCACUUUGCCUUGGCCAGUACUAGGGGAUCGCCGCGUCUGCUCGAAGCGAUGCUGA